ACAUAGGAUGAACAUUUCAAGCUUCAUUCCGCUGUUGACCUCAUAUGUUUACUACGCACAUUGUCCUCAAUGGCGGAAAAAUAAACAAUAAAAUCGCAAAAUCUACUUCUUAUAGUAUUCAAUCAUAAAAUAAAUUGAUUCAAAUAUAUUAUAUGAUGGAGCCUGAUUCAGAUCAACCGGUAGUUUCAACUCAAAAGAAAUUACAAGCUUCACAUGAUCCAGGCUGGAAUGAUCCACCCAAAUGGGCAUACAGUCCGACUCCAAAUGUUAGCAAUACUCCGACAAAGAGACUAUUAAACAAAAGGGUGGCAUUUCCACUUAAUUCUGCUUCAUCUACUCCAUCGUCAAUACAAUCCUCAUCUUCACACAAUUUACCACCACCUAAUUUACCUCCUUUAGUGCAAACUACUAAUUUAACAUCAGCACCUCAUGCACCUAUGUUAGCACCUUCAAGUGUCUCACAAGAAUUUUCAGCUUCAGAGCAUUUAAUUGAUAAAGAGCAAGCAUUAAAUGAUACUCUGACUAAUUUGCAAAGUUUAAUCGUUGAUUUAAAACUUAAAGAGGACAAUAAAAAAGAGGAUAUACAAAAGAGAUUGGAGGUAAUGAAAAAUAUGUGGGAGGAAAAUAAAUUGACCGAUCCAAUUCAUGAAAGAAUUUUGCAGUUAUCUGAAGCUCUCAAAGAAAAAGACAUUGAAAAAGCUGAUAAAAUUCAUAUGGAUCUCAUCAUGAAUUAUGCUGCUGUCUGUAAUAGUUGGAUUCCUGCAAUAAGACACAUUAUUUUAGAAAUGAGAGAAAAGAGUAAAAGUAAUAGCAGUGCAGAUGGUAAAUAGUUUAUUGCCCAAUUCAGGAGGGAAGAAAGAGAUUUCAAUUCGCUUGUAAAAUUGCCUCUUCAACUACCAGAGGAUAACGAUCAUGCGAAUUAAAAUGGCUAACUUCUUUUCUAUUUAAUGCAUGAUUUUUUGUCAUAUUUUCUCGCAAAGUGUCUUUUUCAAGGAAUUCGACUUUUCCGUGAAAAUAUGGAAACAAACAAUUUCAAUCAGUACUUUGAUUACUUCCUAUAGACUUUACAAUAUGGAAUAUUUCUUUAUACAUUAGAUGUUAUUGUGUUGAUCUGAAGUAAUAUUCAUUGACAUUUUUAUGAUUAAAGUGUUAUUUAUAUACAAUUUAGACUCUGAAAACAGUUCGAUAAUGAUGAAAAAAUUGUGAUGAAUUAAAUAAGUUAAGAUAAAAAUUGAAUUAAUUAAAGGAACAUCAUUGGAUGUGAUAAUUUUCAUAGGUACAGGGAUUGAAGAUAAUGAAUUGACCGAUAUUCUCGAUGGUUAAAGCAUCGGUGCAUAUGGGCAGUCGGUCAUAAAUAGAUAGUAAAUUUAAUUGCAAGUCGUAAUUCAUGUACGAGCAUCAGAUGCGUUCAAUUAAUUGCACAAGUUUACUCGUGUAAUAAUAAUAUAAUCCAAUCUUUUUUAAUGUCGUUUCAUUAUAAAGUCGUAACUUUAUUAAAUC